GAAGAAAAAGAAUAUCGAAAACAUGGCCUUGAAAUACUCCUUGGACAAUUGUAUUGAAGAUCAAUUUGAUGCUGGAAAGUUUUCAGUGUGAUAACAAAGCGGCAAAGUAAGUGGGUUUACAAAUUUUAAAUUAAAUAACUUACAAUGGCGGCAAAGAAACACGUGUUAGUAUUGAUAGCUCCUGGUACAGAAGAAAUGGAAUUGGUCAUCACGGUGGACGUACUUCGUAGAUGUGAGAUUAACGUGACCGUCGCAUUAGUGUUAGAAGAAAACAACGCUAUUGGAGCGCAAGAUUCAAUUGCUCGUUGUUCGCGUGGAGUUAACAUAAAAGCAGACACAACUCUUCAGGAUUUUCUCGCUAAAAAUGUUGAUGCCGAUCUACCUGAUGUAGUUAUAUUGCCCGGUGGUCUUGAAGGAUCACGUUUGAUGGCCAGAGCGGCGAUAGUUGGUACACUGCUGCAACGCUACCACGAAGCCGGCAAAAUCGUUGCAGCUAUUUGUGCCGCGCCGACAGUUCUUGCUGCCCACGGGAAGCUUUUUGCCGGAUAUCGUCUGACUUCCUAUCCUUCCUUCAAAGAUCAGAUGAAUAAUGAUGGCUACGUUUGGGAGGAUCCCACUGAAUCCCCGAAUGGACGUGUGGUUCAGGACAAAAAUUUGAUUACUAGUCUUGGUCCGGCAACCUCUUUCGACUUUGCACUCACCAUCGGAGCGACACUAGCUGGGCAAGAAGUAGCUGAAAAAGUAGCCAAUGGGAUGCUUUACAAGUGGCCCAAAUAAAUUUACUAAUUAAUCUAUUUUUUUAUCAUUUGAAAGUUUGUGAAAAACAAAACAAAAUUGGAAAUGGUAACAAAGAAAGUUAUAUGUUCAAUUUAGUUCG